UAAGAGUGGAGGUCCUCUGUGUUAACAUACUUGUGUGUCACUUAAGGACAUAUAGGACAUAGAACAGCAAUUAUAUACAUGUAUAUAUCUUAUAUACAGUCAUCAUAGCCCACUCGACAGUGUAUGUGUAAUGUACACUCAGUCUUACCUACACAAAGAUUCAAUUGUGUCCGUUCUGUCAUAGGAAACUACUGUAAAACUACAAUCAGUUCCAGUGUGUAAGUUCAGUUUAGUGAUUAGAAGCCGACUCCACCGUCUUUAAAAAAGUUAUAACUUGACAAAGGAGAUUUUCUGUAAUGACACAUAUUCAGAUUCCUUGGUUAAGAGAAGAGAAACAGGAUUGACAGCUGUGUUGAAUGAUUCCUUAUACCCUGUGAACCAGUUGUUUUAAUUUUUCACCAUUGUGAUAGACUGUACUGUUAUAAUUAAGUGUCAAAAGUGUAUAACUGUGAUCAUUGUGUACCAAACCUGGAGGGGUUUUAACUUUAGGAUGCAGAGUUUCCUUACCAAGAAAUUACACAUGCACAUGGAAAGCUGUCUGUCCCUGUUGUUAAAGACUGCCCUAGAUCUGACAGCACCAGCCAGCGAUGCUUUACUGAAGAAUCGGAAGAAUGCCUGGAUACAGCUGGCUGGCCAUCCAGGCUCCUUUGCUCCAGCAGGCCCCAAUACGAUAUGGAAACGUCGUAUCACCAAGGACAAUACAGAGACAAAGGCAUAUGAGGCCCUGAUGGACGAUAUGGCCCAUGACAUUGUCCCGAUCUAUUACCGGGAGGUGGAGUACAACUCCGAGUUCUUUAUUGAAAUGGAAGAUCUUCUUCAACACUUCACCAACCCCAAUAUCAUGGACAUCAAGAUUGGGAAAAGAACAUUCCUUGAGUCUGAAGUGAAGAAUCCAGUACAGCGUAAAGACUUGUACGAAAAAAUGGUGGCACUCGAUCCGAACGCUCCUACAGAGACAGAACGAAAAAAUAAGGCUAUUACCAAAUUACGAUAUAUGCAGUUUCGAGAGCAGGAGAGCUCCACAGCCGAGUUUGGGUUUAGAAUUGAAGCAUUGCGGCUUUCAGGCGAGGCUCCAGAGACAAAUCUCAAGAAAGUAAAGACAAAGGAACAGAAUUUGCGCCUGUUGACAAAGUACCUAAGGAACAAUGAAAAGGCACGGUGUGAGAUUUGUGAAAAGUUGCGUUGUGUAAGGAAGAAAUUUGAAAAAUCCGAAUUCCUUAUGUCGCAUGAGAUGAUUGGCAGUUCAUUGUUGGUAAUGUAUGACGAGGAAGGUCAUACAGGGGUUUGGAUGAUAGAUUUCUCCAAAGCUAUGGCUGUAGAGGAGGGCAUUACACUAACACACAGGAAGUCAUGGGUACUAGGCAAUCAUGAAGAUGGCUACCUCUCUGGUUUAGACAGUCUUAUCAAGAUAUUUGAAGAAUUAGAAUUUCCUAAGUCAAGUAGAAGCCCUGCCUCAGAGACUUUUCCAUCACAUUCCACGGCUGAUCGGUGAAGUUAAUUUUGUUUCUGUGACCUUGAUGAAGGUCAUAGUGCAAUGAAGAAGAGGUCAAGUUCAUGUUGGCCUUAGCAUCACGUGCUGUGAUAAUGAAUAUGUCCUUGCAAUUCAUGAGAUGUUUGCCGUGUUGCAAUAUUGCUCGGUUUCAAGUUACUAAAAGACAGGCAAGUUGCAAUGCCUUCAGCUUUAAGGACCAACAGGGAGUAUUCUGCUGUGUGUGCUUGAGUUCUCUCCCAUGGAUAAAGAGACAGUAUGCAUGAAAAAGCUGUACAACACAGUCUGCCCAUAUGCUGCUUUACAUGUGGUUAAGAGCCUGAUAGGAAAAUGAGUGUAUUAUGUUUAUCAGACUUCCAGGUGAAGCUGUUUAUGAAUUAUAUUCAUCCAGUUUUUCUUGCUUGUGUAACUGGUUAGUGGAGUAAGUGAAGAAUUUUUUUUCCUUUAUUUUGUAUUUAAAACUGUCAGUAAAGUAUCCCCUUCGGUGUGAACAGAUCAAUUUAUAAGGGUAUUGUCUAUACUAGGAGAGUUCUGAACAAGGGGAGAUAACCAAAUUAGGCUUCAUGUAGAUUACAGAUUGAAUAUAAACAAAGGUAAAUAUACAGUAACAAGUGAAGUUAACUUAACAAAGGUAGACAACUUAACAAAGGUAGACAACUCAACAUAGGUAGACAACUCAACAUAGGUAGACAACUCAACAAAGGUAGACAACUCAACAUAGGUAGACAACUCAACAAAGGUAGACAACUCAACAUAGGUAGACAACUCAACAAAGGUAGACAACUCAACAAAGGUAGACAACUCAACAAAGGUAGACAACUCAACAUAGGUAGACAACUCAACAUAGGUAGACAACUCAACAAAGGUAGACAACUCAACAUAGGUAGACAACUCAGAAAGAGAAGACAACUCAACAUAGGUAGACAACUCAGCAAAGGAAGACAAUUGCAACUCAACUAAAAAUGUAUUAUUUUACCUGAUUAAAUGAAUCAGAUAACAAAAAGGGAGUCGGAUUAUUCACAUAUAUUGGAGCAUUAGGAUGACAGCGAAGUUAAUUCCAAGUUCAUCCCUCAGCUGAGAUUCCCAUACCAAGGUCAAUACAUUACACAGUAUUCUCACUUAAUAUAUUCCAAAUUUCAUUUUUUAUUGGUAUGAAGCUUAAAAGGUGCAAUAUUUUCAGUUUUUGAUAUUAACACCAUCUAGUAUUACACAAUAUCAUAUGAUAAGCCAUGUACGUGUACACUAUUUAUAUACAGAUAUACAUGUAGUUGUAAAAUAUGAGAAAGGCUGGUCAUUUAUAAAUUUAAAUAUGUGUACUUAUAGAAAUACAGGUUGGCCCAAGAUUGAAGAACUGGUUGUUAUACAAAUUCAGUUAAAUUUAGUUCAUAACUGAGUAUUUUUUGUUUCAGAAAAGAAGGGAGAUAAUUUGACAAAUACAUUAGGAAUAUUGCAUUAGUUUAUAUUGACUCUUGGAAUAUUAAAAUAAAUAUAUAAAAAUAUAUUAUAGAUAGAUACAUAAACAUAAAAGUAGCUUCUUUAAUUUGUAUAUUAGUUGCUGAAUUCAAGUGACUAUAAUAUUGAUAAUCUCUAAAUACAGCUUGCUCCUCUUUAUGAAAUUCCUUGAAUCAUUUUUAAAUAAGUCUAUUAUUUGUUUUAAUUUCUUUUAUUGUUCUUUUAAACAUUGUUGUCAAAUUUUAAUAUCAAAGUUAUCUUAGUAAUAACCUGAAGUAAUUUACAUCUAUGUAAGUUCCUGUUGAAUAUUCCCUUCAUACGACAAAAAAAAAAUUGCGAAAUUUGUAAAAGAUUGCGUAUGAUUUUUAUGGAUGAUGGUGUAUAAAAGUUAGCUCAUUUAUUUAGCCGUCAUGAACUUCAAUUUUAUUUCUACACAAUACAUGUGGUUAAGGACCACAGUAUAUAAACAAUAAUUGAAUGUCACAUCAAGACAAGGACCACCAUAUUGAUAUUGAAUAUUUCAUUCAACAGUCUAACUUUAAAUUUUAUGAAUAUUAUUGAAAUUCAUAUUUUGUUAACUUAAUUUACUGAUCAGUAUUUCACUAAGUGUUUAUCCUAAUUUUCUGCCGGUACAUAAUUUGUAAAAUAAUAUCUUCCUAUGCAAACCAGGAAUGUUGAAAUAUAUAUGUUUUAUCUGACAACUAUUUGAACUGCUUCAAUAAUUACUAUAUCAGCCACCUCUUGUAUCAGAUUGUUAUUGUAAAUACAACAUUUUGCAAACAAAUUGAAAUUGUAGACUCGCUAAUUAAUCUGAUCGACUCAUAAUUGGAAUAAGAAUUGUUUAAUCAGAAUAAUCAUUUUUAUGGCAUGUAAUGAUAUUAAAACGGAAUGAUAUUACUGAAAAUGGGGGAUUUUUGUUCCUUCCUAUGUAUUUCUUUACCUGAGAGAGGAUAAUCUAGCGUAGAGUCGGUCUGUUUGUUCACAGAGGAUGAAAUAAUAGUAUUAAUGAAGAUAUAUUAACAUUUGGCAUCUCCCAUUGCCUCUGUGUUAAUCUGGGCUGCGUAUAGAUGCAGUCAAGAUCACAUGACGUGAUUGUUUUCUCAUUUGGUUAACAUCAUGGAAAUGCUUCGCUAUGCGCUACGAAUGACUCAAACGCAGCGAGGACAGUGAUGGAGAACAAUUGUCUAACAGGCCCCAUUCUAUUUAUCUUGUCAUCCAGAUUGCAUUUAUACAAUCUAACAAGUGUUGAAUUGUUUAACUUUAACUUUCCUGUACAUUGAAAACCCACAAUCAUUAUGGUUCUUUGAAUUUUAAAGUUGUUUUUGAAGGUUGUGUUCCGUUAUAAUUGUGAAGCUGUACUUGUGUCUAAUGCAUGUAAAAUUCUUGUUAAUGUUUUGCUUUAGAUAGCCAUGGUUUGAAAUAAUAUUGUUGAAUUAUAGUUUCUGUCUUGUGACAAUACAGAAUCCAGGAAAUAUAUAGAAUAGCUUUAGUUGAUGCUCAAUUUACAUAUUCAUGAGUUUACAUUGUAUUGAAAGGCAGUAAAUUGCUUUUGUCCCUACCCUGGAAUUUUGUGUAGUUGUAUAAUAUUGCUUUUCAUUAUUUUACAUACUUCUGUAUUGGAAUGAAAAGAAAAAUAUAAAAGUUAAAAACAAUGAUAUGAUUUGAACAAAACAUUACUGUAUGGUUCUAACGAGAAUAUGUACAUAACAUUUCGGGUUUCCACUUUAGAAUUCCUGUAUAGUAAUCUCUCCUCAUUAUUAUAGAUAUACAAAUACAUCAAGACCUAUUGUUAGAAUUAUUGAUUUAUUUCAGUACUGAAUGUUUUUAGAUUAGUAAGGGUAAUUAGUGGCCAUAUAGUGUUAUAUUAACCUUAAAGUUGGGUAGAACUUUGUAAAAUAAUUAUACAUUUCUUAUUUGUCUUCUUGGAUGAUUAAAAGUUUGUAGAUAUUUGAAUUAUUAUAAAUUGUAUCAAAUUUUAAUAGGGUUUUUAGAAAUAGUUUGAAUGAUUUUUCAUAAAUUUGUACAUUGAUUAAUUGAUUAAUUGGAUAAUGUUUUGUUUUAAUUGAAAAAAAACCCUUUAAAUUUUCAAUAAUUUUACAGGUUUCCAUUUUACACCUGACCAAUAUUUGAAAUACAAAACAAUUGAAUACGAUUUUAAAUGAUAUGAUUUAUAUUUAUUUUAGAACUUGAUUUUUAAAACAAUAAUUAUGUCUUUUAUUGAAAAAUGAAGUUUCAUAUAAUGGUUAUAAGAUAGGAUUUUGUAUGAGAUAUAUGGUAUCGUGUUUAAUUUUUUUUAACUCAUUUUAGCUAGAUUCUGAUAUGAUUAAUUGAUAAAGACAGAAUUCUUAUGUAAAACAUUCAAACAAUAACUUUUACGUUUCGUUUCGCUGGUAUUUCUUGUGAAUCUCAGUAAUGUAACUUUAUUGAUUUUAUAACAAUUAUAAAACAAGUCUAUAAACUUGUGUAAAUCACUCCUGUUUGUCCGGAUGGAAGCACAGGAGAGGUCCUACUGUUGGAGGAAACCAUAGUACCUGAAGAAAACUAUAAACUCACAUAGUUGACAGGCAGGUGACUCUGUACCUUGUCAUGUCAGGACAGGGCAUCAAUCUCUGGCUGCCUAGGUGAAAGGCAAGUGUGUUACCACUUUGCUACCUGAUCACCCAUUUUAUAUUUUAAUCAUUAAUUUAAAUAAAAAUUUAAUUGCUGAAAUAUCAACAGGAAAGUGAGCUAACUACAAUUGAAUCAUAGACACUUCAGAUCCAGAUAGGACUAUGAAAUGUCUGUUUUAAACAUAUAACGUCAAUGAUGGUGUCAGUCUUUUGACCUAUAUUUGUCUUACCCUUGACAGAUGUGUCCACACUUUUACUACAAUGACAUCACCUUGAUAGUUUAAUCACAGCAUUGUCUUAACUAAUAACAGGGUAAGAGAAAAUUAUCACUCAUUCCUUAAGGAGUGAAACAUGGGGAUCUCAAACCUUGGGUUAAGAUUCUUAGGUGCCAAAUAUUAAGCAUUUAGCCUGGUGUCGGUCAUCCUAAGAAUCACCUCCCAAGCCUGGUGUCGGUCAUCCUAAGAACCUCCCAACUCUGGCUGAGAUCCCGCGUCUAAUUCCCGUGGAUAUAAACAAUUAAUUAUAGGUAUCUGUUUUAUCUAUAAACAGUAAUAUAUAUAUAUAAUAUGUGUGGACGGUUGAUUAUAUAAGGUUAGUUUUAGUUUGUAUUUCUUAAUUAUUUGUCUCAGGAAAACCAGUUAGAGAUGCUACUAGCAUAAUGUGAAAUCCAUCGCUGUAUACAUUAAUAUAAAUGUGCAUCUUAAUAAGAAAUAAAAAAUUUA